AUGAAAAAUGUGAUAGCUCCUCGUGGAGCACGAAAUGUUUAUGAAAUUGAUAGAGGAAACUCUAAGUUAAAUUUGACUGUAUUAUUUACAUUUAGUGCAAGUGGAGUAACAACUCCACCGACUGUUGUGUUUCCUUACAAAAGAUUACCUGCCUCUGUUGGACGAUCAGUACCUGAUGAUUGGGGAAUCGGUGUAACACCAAGUGGUUGGAUGAAUGCAGAAUUAUUUUAUGAAUAUUUAGAAAAUGUAUUUUAUCCUUAUCUCAAAAAAGAAAAGAUUGUGUUUCCUGUUAUUUUAUUUGUCGAUGGGCAUAGUAGUCAUGUCACUUUAGAAGUAAGCAAACUUUGUUCAGAAUUAGAGAUAAUUCUUAUUUGUUUAUAUCCAAAUUCAACAAGAAUGUUACAACCUGCUGAUGUCUCAGCAUUUAGACCUUUAAAGAAUAUGUGGAAAAAAAGUGUUUUAGAAUGGAGGCAACAAAAUCCAACACUAUCGUUAUCAUUAGAUAGAAUGGCUCCACUUUUGAAAAAUGCUGUUGAUAAAUUUUCACCUGAUGGUAAUACCAUAAGAAAUGGUUUCAAAGCAUGUGGCUUAUAUCCUUGGAAUCCAGAUGCAGUAGAUUACUCAAAAUGUCUUGGUGUUAGACCAAAAAUAUUAUCACUAUUGAUCGUCCAUCUAAUGCAGCCACAAUUUCAUUUGAAACGUAUGCCAAAGUAG